AUGGAAGAACAAAAAGAAGAAGCCUCUUCUGAAAGGAUAUUAAGUGAUACUUAUCUUGUAUUUACAGGAAUUCAGACACAUCUAGAAAAAUAUGCAAAUGAAAAUAAUUUUACAGCAUGUGAAGUAGCAGCUUUUAUAUCUAAAGAAUCAAAACAAAGUGCUUAUGUUCAAAUUCAAUCUAUAUUUGAACUCUAUAAAGAACAAUCUUACUUAUUUACAAAUUUAGUUCCAUCUAUCCUUGUUAAAAAGAAUCACCAAUAUUUUACACAACUUCGACAAAAUAUAGCACCUAUAAAUGAAAUUUCUACUCUG